AUGAGUGCAUAUUCGGAGGAACAUAAUAGGUAUUGGACAUUGAAUUAAUUAAUUUGAAGGGAGAAUUCAAAUGAGCCCCAAAGAAAAUAAGAGAAUAAUAAGAAAAUUCAAGAAUAUCCAGAGGAUUGGCCUAUGAAUCCAUCACCACGAUUUACUCCUAUGCAAUAUUCAUAAUUAUUUUCUCAUAUUCCUCCUAAUUUCGAUCUAGAAAACAAAGGUAUUACAGGAAAUUAAUCAGGCUUCAAUGACUAUGAUCCAUAGAAAUAUCUCAAUAGCGACAAAAAGGGUCAAAGUACCUAAGCAUUUCUAAAAUAUUCAUUAGGUGAAAUUCCUCAUUUUGAUCAUAUGGAGGAUGAUCCACAUCGAAAUCCCUAUCCUUAUGGUUUUUAUCCUAUGAAAUACCCACCAUAACCAAUGAUGAUGAAAUACCCUCCUGGACAACAGUUUAUGGUUCAACAAUGGUAUCAACCUAGACCUCCAUAAUAAAUGAUGCCACCUUAUUGUUUCUAUCCUCCUAUAUAUGAUGGUCUUCAAUGUCAGAAUACUGUCUCUAAAGAACUUCAACUUAAAGUCUUUUAAUUAGUUUCAUAUCAAAAAGUUUCUGAUUUUUAGUGCAACUGUAAAAAAAGUAAAUGCCUCAAACUUUAUUGUGAGUGUUUUGCCAAUAAUGGGGUAUGAUAUAACUUCCUAAAUUUAUACAAAAAGGUAUGUUCAUAGAGUUGUAAUUGCCAAGAAUGUAAAAACAGAAUAGAUAAUCCUUAAGAAAGAUCAAAAGCUAUUGAAGAAGCCUUGUUAAGAAAUGCUGAUGCUUUUGCAUAAUGUUUUACUACAAAGGGAGCUCCUCAAUUUGUUUAAUAAGGUAUACUUAAUUUCAUCUAAGAUAAACCAUAAAAAGAACCAAGUAAAGAUAAUUCCAGUGUCAUACAUAGAGGAUGUAAUUGUAAAAAAUCUGGAUGUAAAAAAAAAUAUUGUGAAUGUUACAGUCAGAACAUAAAAUGUAAUGAUCUUUGUAAAUGUGAACAUUGUUUAAAUAAGACAGAUGCUUAGUUUUAAGCUCAAUAAGAAUAAGAUUAGGAUUGCCUAUAUAAUUUGAAUAAAAGCAAUUAAAAACAAAAAAAAGUAAAAUUAGAAAAACAUCACGAGGGAAGUGAUUCCCCUUUAGUCUAAUUGGAGAUAAAUUUAAAGAAGAAUAAUUAACAUAAAAUGAAAAAAUGAG